AUGUUUUGUUCUAUUGGGGCUUUACAGAAGACAGUGAGUGCAGUCCCUUCCACCGCACUCAGUACAAUCGCCAAACGUCUAUUAAGCAUCAGCCUGAAUUCCAAAAUGCCCGUCAAAGUUGGAGAUACCGUACCCAGCAUAGAUUUGUUUGAAAACACACCUGCCACAAAAGUUAACAUUUCGGAACUGUGCAGUGGAAAAACUGUUAUACUUUUCGCCGUUCCCGGAGCAUUCACUCCAGGUUGCUCAAAGACACAUUUGCCUGGCUAUGUGAACACUGCUGAUGACUUGAAGAGUAAAGGUGUGGAUGAGAUUGUCUGUGUUUCUGUGAAUGAUGCGUUUGUCAUGGCAGCUUGGGCUCAAGAUCAAAAAGCUGAGGGAAAAGUUCGAUUAUUAGCUGAUCCCAAUGCAGAACUCACAAAUGCUUUUGAUUUGGCAAUUAAUUUGCCACCAUUGGGCGGCACUCGUUCCAAGAGAUACUCAAUGUUAAUCAAAGAUGGUAAAGUGGAACAGUUAAAUGUUGAGCCAGAUAACACUGGGUUAUCUUGUUCAUUAGCUAAUAAAAUUGUUUUGUAA